AUGGUCUCAGCUAGUGAGUCAAGGCUUUCGGAUCUGAUUAAGAUUGAUGAUAUAACGUCAGGAAAGGUGCACCCUAACCAAAUAUAUGAUGAGUUGGAAAGGCUAAAAGUAGAAAUUAAUAUACUAAGAAAUGAUAUGUCACUAUUUCUUAAAGCCUUAGCGACAAUACCUCCAAACCAGUCUCAGUUGGGAUAUUACAAAGUGGUAAGUGAGAGACUUGAUGCACUUAAAGCAAGUAUUAAAGAUUACUGUGAUCAAUACAAUAAGCUAUUACCAAUUAUCAAUUUGGCACAAAUAAAGUUGGGUAAUGAAGUUGAGGUGGCUCCCAAUUCGCAAUCUAUGAGGCUUUCUAAUGAAUCCAAUGCCUCAGGGUUGAACAAGAUAUCGCUGGAAGAAGAGAAUGGUAAACUGGUCUCUGAUAAGAAGAUAAAAUGA